AUGAUAAUAAGGGAACCGGUGGAUGAAAACGGAAGGAAAAAGAAGGAGACUCACCAAAUCAGAAUAACAUUCCUACUGAUAAGGUCAAACACAAGCCACCAUGAAAACAAACGCAUCUUAUCCCACAUCCUAGAAGUCGAUACAUUAAACCACAACCUUGAUUCCAAAUCAGGGAAGCUCUACACAACACGAGCCAUCACCAUUCAUGCUCCUGGCCCAUGGUUUCUUCGCAAGAUUGUUGGUCAAGAUAUCUGCCAUUGUGUUGAAUCAACUGUUGUUGAUGCUAAAACUCGAUCAAUGCAGCUUGCUACCAAGAACAUUAGUUUGCAGAAAUAUGUGGAAGUGGAGGAGAAGAUUAGGUAUGAUCCACACCCUGAGAAUCCAAAUGAGUGGACAAUUUGCAGGCAGGAAACAAGCAUUAGGAUAAAACCCUUGUCCACUCUGGCAUCAAUGGCAGAGAAGAUAGAACAGAAAUGUGUUGAGAAGUUUCAGCAGAAUAGUGCUAAGGGUAGGGAGGUGAUGGAAAGGAUGUGUAAGUAUCUGGAAGCUGAAUCAUCUUCCAGGGGUAUUUCUGUCUGA